AUGCCUGGGAAUGACUUGUCUGAUAUGUUCAACAGCAUCCCUCCUGUCACCCGUUAUUGGUUCUCGGGGACAAUAUUGUUUUCACUUCUCGGUAAAUUUAAUAUUAUUGAUCCCAUGCGUAUGAUUUUGUUGUGGAACAGAAUGUAUUCCAACUUCGAGAUAUGGAGGCCAAUCACAGCUUUGUUGUUCUAUCCAGUAUCCCCAUCAACUGGGUUUCACUUCCUAAUCAAUCUGUACUUCUUGUAUUCAUACUCCUCUCGAUUAGAGAAUGGUAUGUUCCUCGGACGCACUGCAGAUUAUGUAUUUAUGUUCUUGUUCACUUGGCUAGCACUGGUGAUUGUCAGUUUCUUGGCUUCAUUUUACGUGCUUCUGGAGCCAAUGGUACUGACAGUGCUCUAUAUAUGGAGUCAAUUAAAUCGUGAUGUUAUUGUCCAAUUUUGGUUUGGUAUGCAGUUCAAAGCAAUGUACUUUCCGUGGGUCUUGGUAAUAUUUAACUUAAUAGUGCGUGGGAGUGCGAUGAUGGAACUGGUUGGAAUAAUCGUUGGACAUCUUUACUACUUUUUCGUUUUCCAGUAUCCCCAAGAGUAUGGUGGUCAAGCUAUAUUAAAGACUCCUGGAUUUCUAUAUAGACUAUUUCCAAACCAAAGAGGCAUUACAACUGGUUUUGGAGAAGCCCCACGCGCAAGACAACCAACUACAACUACGGGAAGAUUUCCUGGACACGGCCGGGUUUUGGGAAACGAUGAAUAA